AUGUCAAUGCACUCAACACUCUCGUCGCCAGUUCCCACCCUACAUCACCGCUCCCUACGUGAUCUCCUUCAUGCCCGUGAAGCAGCAGAUGCGAUCGAAUCAAUCCUCGAUACCGAUCUUGCAGCGGACGACCCAUCCACUUCCGCUGCCCCUCUAUCACAUACCUCCAUUGUUGUCCGUCGCAACCGUGAUACGGACGAGAUCCUCAUUGAGUCUACGAACAGGGCAUAUCAUAACGCACCUGACGGGGUCCUCCGCCGCUGGGAGGACCUCACCGAGAGAGAUCAGAUUAUGUGGAAACAACAGUUGACAGAUGCAGGCCACUGGCGUCAAGACGAAGGCGAAGCAAUUCUUCAGGUACACAGCAGGUACUGUCAAGGCUGGAACCGACAAAAGGAGGGGGAAAGGAGAAGAAAAGAGAAAUUGCCAUUUGAGUCUCCAGGUAAUGAUUUUGAUGUGACAUUUCGUCUACGAUUGCACGGUUCAUCUGCGGCCAACUAG